UAUCUUUAAAGUAUUUCCAAUUCUGCAAAAUGCUAGAUACCAGAACAUUUUCAUAUAAGAAAUAUUUAACUGAAGCUGUCAUAGCUUUAGCAUGUGUGUUUAUUUUUUGUGAAUAUUUACUAUAUUACCUUGUGCUUAUUCAGUGUGCAUGGCCAGUUUUGGAACCACAUAAAACUGAUACAACAAUUACUGAAUCCACACCAGAAGAAACUCCGGUACAUGCAAUGUUUAUAGCAGAUACUCAUUUAUUGGGCUCAAAAAAUGGACAUUGGUUUGAUAAAUUAAAAAGAGAAUGGCAAAUGUAUAGAGCAUUCCAAACUAUGGUUACUCUUCAUAAACCAGACAUAAUUUUUAUAUUAGGUGAUUUAUUUGAUGAAGGACAGUGGAGUAGUUCAGCAGAAUUUGACCAAUAUAUACAAAGAUUUCAUUCAUUGUUUUCAGUACCUAAACACACUCAUCUUUAUGUUGUUGCUGGAAAUCAUGAUAUUGGAUUUCAUUAUGCUAUUACACCAUACUUAAAUCAACGAUUCGUAAAUGGUUUGAAGUCACCAAGUGUGAAAAGAGUUAGUAUUAGAGGGAAUCACUUUGUCCUAAUUAAUAGUAUGGCAUUGGAAGGAGAUGGGUGCUUUUUGUGUCGUCCUACAGAAAUUGCAUUAAAUAAAAUUUCCACACAUUUAAAAUGUGCUAAAGAUAUGGGAAGUAGUUGUAACAAAGAUAAUGCAAUUUCGAGAUACAGCAGACCAAUUAUUUUACAGCAUUAUCCAAUGUAUCGUGAGUCUGAUGAAAUUUGCAAUGAACCUGAUCAAGCACCAGAUGAAAUAAAAGAUAUAAAAUUUAGGGAACGAUGGGAAUGUUUAUCAAAGGAAGCAUCUGAGCAACUUUUAGAUAUAUUGAAUCCAAGACUGAUCAUUAACGGUCAUACUCAUCAUGGUUGUAGAAGAAUACAUAGAAAAGAUAUAUUAGAAUUUACAAUACCAUCUUUCAGUUGGCGUAAUAAGGAUAAUCCUUCACUUUUACUAGGUGUAUUUACCCCCAAUAAUUAUUCUGUAUCAAAAUGUUACAUGCCUGUGGAAUCUACAGAGAUCAAAAUUUAUGUUAUCAGUGUAGUGUGUAUAUUUAUAUAUUUUAUCAUAAAAUGUAGAUUGAAACAAAAUCGAUAUUAUCUUUUAAAGUUUCAUUAAAGACAUGUUUCUAUUUAUUA